AUGUCGCCCAAGCAGAUAGGCCCCAUUGCCCAAGCAUGGUAUAAAUGGAAAGCUCUGCGCCUGCCCUGGCGAAAGCGCUUCUUCAUCGGCUACGACCUACAGGGCAACACAUACUGGGAAUUCCGCCUCGCGAAACCAUCGCCCGGCACCUCGCCGUCCGACUCCCGCUGGCGCCGCAUCGUGCACUACCCCCGAUCCACGCACUACUCGCAGGUCAAGGUGUCGCCCCUCUGGCACCAGUGGCUGCGGCACACGCGGCGCGAUCCGCCGUCCCUGGAGGAACAGGCCGGCGACCUCGUGAGGCAGGAGAGGAUGAAGCAUCUGGCCGCCGAGGCCGACGCCAGGUGGGAGGCCAAGCCGCGCGUCAUGGACGACGUCAGACCUGGCGCUGCUGCUGCUGCUGCUGUGCCGCAGGAACAAAUACCACGGCCGGCCGAGACCCAGAGGGCCAAGGGAGAAGAAACGCCGGGGGAGCAGGAACAAAGCCCAGAACAAGACGCGGCGCGACAAAGGCGUGUGGAAGGCAAAGAGGAUCCUUGGGCGAAAGCGAGGCCGCAAGGCCCAGGUGAAACUUGGCAACCGACGGCCUGGAAUCCAGCCGCCGCCGCCGUCGCGAAGAAGAGAUGA